AUGGAGACUCUUUUUGCCAAUGAUGUUCGGCCUUUAGGUGGCAAAAAGCCUGAGCUAGUUAUUGCAUCAGGUAUGGAUCCAAAUCCAUCAUCAUUCAAAAGGGAAGGAAAAGAGGAAGAAUGUUACAGAGCUGCUGGACGUCCAGAAGGUGGUAACAAUUAUAGUAGCAUGGUGAAUGGUGGGGUUGCAAUUUUUUUUUCUUUCGGACCCAACAAUAAGUCAAGUCCUGUCAAUGUGGGUACAGGUUAUACUUAA